UGACACAAUGCUGUCUAUAUGACAUCACACUACAUAAGAUAUUUGCAUCGUAGAAGAAACCGCAUCAACUGCUAAUAGUUUGUUGGUAGAAAUGAUCGAAUGUAACCAGAGACGACGAACAUGAAAACUGAGAUGUUUUUAUAUCAAGCAGAUGUCGCCCUCGCGAUUAUUAUUAUGACGAAACAUAUUCGAAUUAUUACCGAACAAUAGAAAGGUUCGAUUCGACUGUUAUAGAACAAUGGAAAAGCCACGUGCUGUUUAUGUCGUCAUAAUCGAAACAACGUUCAUUGUUUUGUUUUCUGUGACGUCACAAUCACAACGCGAAGCGAAAUCGAUUCGAGGAUUUUGUUAAAAAGUCAUUUUUUACCUUUAAUAUAAAUGAUUGUUACGUCACAAGCAGGUGGUUGUCAACUGCAAUCAGCUUUGUGACGUAUCAAGUAACAUCGAAGUUGCUCUCUAACACCACCACGCGGUUGGUAUUGUUACGUCAUAAUAAUAAUGAUUCACAAUCAACCUACACAUAACAACAAGUCAUUAUAUAUUGUGACGUCACAAAGGUUUCCACAGUUGGCUUAUUAUUACAACAAUGUUAACGCCGGUUUGUUUGUUACGUGUGUAGUCGGUUAUAUGACGUAACACAGAAUGGAUACUACGUCAUCACUUGCUUUUAUAUGUGGAGGAUUGGUUAGUUUGAUCAGUUUCGUGUUGUCUUGGCUGUUAUUUGUCCGAUUCGACGAAGAAAGACAAUCAACCGAAGGACCAACCGUUGACAAUGGGCGCCAGGAAACAAUACAUACGUGUGACGUCACAAACGUCAUAGAAGAGAAAGAUGACGUAACCCAACCACGAGAUGAUACGUCAUCAUCGCUUGAUGACAUCACAACAGAUGACGUAGCCACCAUAUUUCAUCUUCCACAUUGUGAAUCCCUUGCAACCACACCAGUGAGGUAUAUUAUGACGUCACAUGGAGGUUCGAAGACACGUGACAUCGAAAAUAGCGACAGUGUGGGGGCGUUGUGUGUCGAUCAGUCGCGAUGGUUGGAAGACACUACCAUUGUGACGUCACAAGGAGGAUUGUUAUGCGUGGCGGGCUGUCAAGUUCGUAUCCCCCCCAAUAUAUUGGAACAAGACGCGAAAAUGAAACUAAAGUGCUUGUUUACGUCACAUGAGGGAUCGGGAAACACCCUGGUGAUUUCCCCCAUCGUAACCAUUGAUUGUGACGUAGAGGUUAAUAACCUCAAGUUACAGCUCACUGUUACCAUGCCAACAUGUUACGCAGCGAGGCGUGACGAUCGACCAAUAGGGGUGAAGGUCGAAUACCAAGCAGAGGGUAUAUGGCGCCAUCUAGCGUUCUCCGUUCAUGGGGAUUCCCGUUACGUCACUUUCGUCACAGACGCACUGGGAACGUUCCGUGCCAUCUUACCCCAAGCUGAGUUCGACAGGUCGCUUAAAUUCAUUAACUCGGUUGGGUUCGUUAAAAGGGCUGGGGAGUCGCCGCUAGAUGUCGUGUGGUGUUUAUGCGACGAUUCGUCCCAGCUUGUCGCGAAACUCUGGCUCGAGAUGGCGCCCCAGAGCACCUACCAGCGGAUCAUCGAACCCCGGGUGUUUUGCGUUGGAUUCGAUGAUGACCUCACAAUAAAGAUUAAUACAGCCGAUGGUGACGUCGCAUCUACGUCAUACAGGGUGAGGCGAAACGAUUCUUGGGAAAAAAUUUUGUUGAAAAAGUUCGUGUUUCGGUUUCGCAACCCUUGUGAUGUCAUAAAGACGUAUGUUGUGAACAAUCAGUGGAACAAUGUGAUCUUGCGCGGCGAGGUCGCUUCAUUCAAACUAGGCCCCAAUCGACGGUAUUGUGACGUAUUUGAUGAUGACGUCAUCAAGGUAACGAAGAAGGCUGGUGAUGACGAAAGCAUGACGUCAUCGGAGGAUGAACACACGUAUGCGCAGAUAAGAAAAAAGGUUGUGACGUCACCAAAGGCUGUGACGUCACCAAAGGCUGUGACGUCACCAAUGCCACCGAGAUCGGUACCAAGCCCGGGGAAGUACCCACCCAACCCAACAACCCCUGAAAGGCGACAUCUAGCGUCGGUGUCGACGACGUUCAGAAGAAUUCGGCGAAGGUUACGUCAUAAAGACAAUAAAACUUUGUAACUAUUGAUAAUUCCAGAACAUGUUGGUUACGUAUGAAUGCAAGUUGUAGCACGUUACACACCAUAUAUGGUGGCGUCACAAACCGAUAUAUCGCGCCAUAUUUUGUGUCAAUGACGUAAUAAUGUGCGGUAAUAAUAGAACAUUGAUGAGACGCAA